CCUGUAAUAUACAGAAUAUUCCUUUAAUGGCCAAUUUUACAACAUAACUGGAAAAGAUGUUUUAUAUUUGGUUCACACAAUGAACAGGUUUGGCUUUAGAUAGGUGAUGACUGUCAUAUACAAUUUGCUCCAGUGCUUGGUAUAGACAGAAAUUAGUAGAACUUCCCCUGCUUGGUUUUAAAACAUCAAAAACAGAGGGUGUUAAACAUACCUCCAUCUGGAAAUCACUUGUGAGAGCCACUCUACAUGACUCACAGAGCUUAAUUUUGUGGAAAUUUUUAGAUGUCCAAGGGCAUAAUCUCAGUGGCUUUGUGUAUGUGGCUUUGAGCAGGAUGUGGCUGUGCAGCUCUGUGAAUAGCAGGUGAAGAUAGAGCAGGACCAGCUUUUGAACACUUCAAGCUUGAUACUCUCUCUGCCCUCACUUGAGCACAUAGGCCUAUUUAAGCGGGAUGUCUUCAAAGACGAUCUGUCUACAUAAUGAACUUUCUUUAUUCACACUUCUUCAGUGAAUAAUUAAAACUUAGGCAGAAGUUAAGCACCUGAUCAGUCCUCCUAUUUCUAGUAGUCAUUAAGCAUGACCACUAUCUGUAUAAAUGUAAAUUACAAAUGCACAGACUUUCUGCAACUUCUCUGCAUUCCUCCAGAGCACCUGCAGACAUGAGUUCUGAUGCAGAGAUGGCAAUCUUUGGAGAAGCUGCUCCCUAUCUGCGGAAGCCAGAGAAGGAGAGAAUCGAAGCCCAGAAUCGCCCAUUUGAUGCUAAGACAGCCUGUUUUGUAGUAGAUGACAAGCAAAUGUAUGUGAAAGGUACCAUACAGGGCAAAGAAGGCGACAAAGUCACCGUUAAAAAAUACGACGACACAACUGUGACUGUAAAGGAUGAUGAAGUCUUUCCUAUGAACCCUCCCAAGUUUGACAAAAUCGAGGACAUGGCCAUGAUGACCCACCUCCACGAACCCGCUGUGCUGUACAACCUCAAAGAGCGUUACGCAGCCUGGAUGAUCUAUACCUACUCGGGUCUCUUCUGCGUCACUGUCAACCCCUACAAGUGGCUGCCAGUGUACAACCCCGAGGUGGUGACUGGCUACCGAGGCAAGAAGCGCCAGGAGGCCCCUCCACACAUCUUCUCCAUCUCUGACAACGCCUAUCAGUUCAUGCUGACUGACCGUCACAACCAGUCAAUCCUUAUCACCGGAGAAUCCGGUGCAGGGAAGACUGUGAACACAAAACGUGUCAUCCAGUACUUUGCAACAAUUGCAGUCACUGGUGAGAAGAAGAAAGAUCCACAGCCCGGCAAAAUGCAGGGAACUCUGGAGGAUCAGAUCAUCCAGGCCAACCCAUUGCUGGAAGCUUUUGGGAAUGCUAAGACUGUGAGGAAUGACAACUCCUCACGCUUUGGAAAAUUCAUCCGGAUUCACUUUGGACCAACUGGCAAACUGGCCUCUGCAGAUAUCGAAACUUAUCUCCUGGAGAAAUCCAGAGUCACUUUUCAGCUGUCUAGUGAAAGGAGCUACCACAUAUUUUACCAGAUAAUGUCCAACAAGAAGCCAGAGCUCAUUGAUCUCCUCCUUAUCUCCACCAAUCCCUAUGACUUCCUCUAUGUGAGCCAAGGAGAAGUCAGUGUUGCCAGCAUUGAUGACAGUGAGGAGCUGCUGGCGACAGAUAAUGCUGUGGACAUCCUGGGCUUCAGCCCUGAUGAGAAGGUGGGGAUAUACAAGCUGACAGGGGCUGUCAUGCACUAUGGGAACAUGAAAUUCAAGCAGAAGCAGCGGGAGGAGCAGGCAGAGCCUGAUGGCACUGAAGUGGCUGACAAGGCUGGCUACCUGAUGGGUCUGAAUUCUGCUGAUUUGCUCAAGGCUUUAUGCUACCCCAGGGUGAAAGUUGGGAAUGAAUAUGUAACUAAAGGACAAAAUGUCCAACAGGUACAUAAGCAGCUUUUCAAUUUCUACAGUGUUCUUUCAGCUUUAAAGCUAACGCAACAUUUGUUACUGCCUUGGCUGUGCUUCUUACAGGUGUACAAUUCAGUGGGUGCAUUGGCUAAAUCAGUCUAUGAGAAGAUGUUCCUGUGGAUGGUUGUUCGCAUCAACCAACAGCUGGAUACAAAACAGCCCAGGCAGCAUUUCAUUGGUGUCCUGGACAUUGCUGGCUUUGAGAUCUUUGAUUUCAACAGCCUGGAGCAGCUGUGCAUCAACUUCACCAAUGAGAAACUGCAACAGUUCUUCAACCACCACAUGUUCGUGCUGGAGCAGGAGGAGUACAAGAAGGAGGGGAUUGAAUGGGAGUUCAUUGACUUUGGCAUGGACCUGGCUGCCUGCAUUGAGCUCAUUGAGAAGCCCAUGGGCAUCUUCUCCAUCCUGGAAGAGGAGUGCAUGUUCCCCAAGGCAACUGACACCUCUUUCAAGAACAAGCUCUAUGACCAGCACCUGGGCAAGUGCAGCAGCUUCCAGAAGCCCAAGCCUGGCAAAGGCAAGGCUGAGGCCCACUUCUCCCUGGUGCACUAUGCUGGCACAGUGGACUACAACAUCUCUGGCUGGCUUGACAAGAACAAGGACCCUCUGAAUGAAACUGUUGUGGGGUUGUAUCAGAAAUCAUCCUUGAAGCUGCUGUGCUUCCUUUUCUCUAACUAUGCUGGUGCAGAAGCAGGUGAUAGUGCUGGUGGUGGUGGUGGCAAGAAGGGUGCUAAGAAGAAGGGGGGCUCUUUCCAGACAGUGUCUGCUGUAUUCAGGGAAAACCUGAACAAGUUGAUGACUAACCUGAGAAGCACCCACCCUCACUUUGUGCGUUGCCUGAUUCCUAAUGAGACCAAGACACCUGGUGCAAUGGACCAUUACCUGGUGAUGCAUCAGCUGCGGUGCAAUGGGGUUCUAGAAGGCAUCCGAAUUUGCAGGAAGGGGUUUCCAAGCAGAAUCCUUUAUGCAGAUUUUAAGCAACGGUACAAGAUCCUUAAUGCCUCUGCCAUUCCAGAAGGUCAGUUCAUUGACAGCAAAAAGGCUUCAGAAAAGCUUCUUUCCUCCAUUGAUGUUGACCACAACCAAUAUAAAUUUGGCCACACCAAGGUGUUCUUCAAGGCAGGUCUCCUGGGACUCCUAGAAGAGAUGAGAGAUGAGAAGCUUGUGAGCCUCAUCACUCAUACACAAGCUAUGUGCAGAGGGUACCUCAUGAGAACUGAAUUUAAAAAGAUGAAUGAAAGAAGAGAAUCUAUUUAUAUCAUCCAGUACAACAUUCGUGCAUUCAUGAAUGUCAAACACUGGCCAUGGAUGAAGCUGUAUUUCAAGAUCAAGCCCUUGCUGAAGAGUGCAGAGUCUGAGAAGGAGAUAGCCAACAUGAAGGAAGAGUUUGAGAAAACCAAGGAGGAGCUUGCAAAGUCUGAGGCAAAGAGGAAGGAACUGGAGGAGAAAAUGGUGACCCUGUUGCAAGAGAAAAAUGACCUGCAGCUCCAGGUUCAGUCUGAGAGUGAAAAUCUAGCUGAUGCUGAAGAGAGAUGUGAAGGACUCAUUAAAAGUAAAAUCCAGCUAGAAGCCAAAAUUAAAGAGCUAAAUGAAAGACUGGAGGAUGAAGAGGAGACAAAUGCUGAACUGACAGCAAAGAAGAGGAAACUUGAAGAUGAGUGCUCAGAGCUGAAGAAAGAUAUUGAUGAUCUUGAAAUGACUCUGGCCAAAGUGGAAAAGGAGAAGCAUGCAACAGAGAAUAAGGUGAAGAACCUCACUGAAGAGAUGGCAGCUCUGGAUGAAAAUAUUUCUAAACUCACCAAGGAGAAAAAGGCUCUCCAGGAAGCCCACCAGCAGACACUGGACGACUUGCAAGUUGAGGAAGACAAAGUCAGCACCCUCACCAAAGCCAAGACCAAACUGGAGCAGCAAGUGGAUGAUCUUGAAGCAUCUCUGGAGCAAGAGAAGAAGCUGAGAAUGGACCUUGAGAGAGCAAAGAGAAAACUGGAGGGUGAUCUGAAUAUGUCUCAGGAUUCCAUCAUGGAUCUGGAAAAUGAUAAGCAACAAAUGGAUGAAAGGCUAAAAAAAAAGGAUUUUGAAAUUAGCCAGUUGCAAAGUAAAAUUGAAGAUGAGCAGGCUCAAAGUUCUCAGCUGCAAAAGAAAAUUAAGGAGAUUCAGGCUCGGAUAGAGGAACUGGAGGAAGAAAUUGAGGCCGAACGUGCUAUCCGUGCCAAGUCUGAAAAGCAGAGAGUCGACCUGUCCAGGGAGCUGGAGGAGAUCAGCGAGCGCCUGGAAGAAGCAGGAGGGGCCACAGCAGCUCAGAUUGAGAUGAACAAGAAGCGUGAGGCAGAAUUCCAGAAGAUGCGCCGUGACCUGGAAGAGGCCACGCUGCAGCACGAAGCCACGGCUGCCGCCCUGCGCAAGAAGCACGCGGACAGCACAGCUGAGCUGGGGGAGCAGAUCGACAACCUGCAACGUGUGAAGCAGAAGCUGGAGAAGGAAAAGAGUGAGCUGAAGAUGGAGAUUGAUGACUUGGCCAGCAAUGUAGAGUCUGUCUCCAAAGCCAAGAGCAAUCUGGAAAAAAUGUGCCGAGCCCUUGAAGACCAGUUCAGCGAAGUCAGAGCCAAAGAUGAUGAACAUGUGCGGCUAAUUAAUGAUCUGAACACACAGAAAACACGCCUACAGACUGAGAAUGGUGAACUUACUCGGCAACUGGAGGAGAAGGAGUCCUUGAUUUCUCAGUUAACUCGAGGCAAACAUACUUUCACUCAGCAGACUGAAGAGCUGAAGAGACAACUAGAGGAAGAAAAUAAGGCCAAGAACGCCCUGGCCCACGCCCUGCAGUCCGCUCGCCACGACUGUGACUUGCUCCGGGAACAAUAUGAGGAGGAGCAGGAGGCCAAGGGGGAGCUGCAGCGAGCCCUGUCCAAGGCCAACAGCGAAGUGGCCCAGUGGAGAACCAAAUACGAGACAGACGCAAUUCAGCGCACGGAGGAGCUUGAGGAGGCCAAGAAGAAGCUGGCCCAGCGCCUACAGGAAUCAGAGGAGCAGAUCGAGGCUGUCAAUGCAAAGUGUGCUUCCCUGGAGAAGACAAAGCAGAAGCUGCAGGGGGAAGUGGAUGACCUCAUGAUUGACGUGGAGAGGUCACAUGCAGUCUGUGCAGCAUUCGAUAAAAAGCAGAGGAAUUUUGACAAGAUCCUGGCUGAAUGGAAGCAGAAGUACCAGGAGAGUCAGACUGAGCUGGAGGCUGCCCAGAAGGAGUCUCGCUCUCUCAGCACUGAGAUCUUCAGGAUGAAGAACGCCUAUGAAGAAAUGCUUGAUCAGGCUGAGACUGUCAGACGGGAGAACAAGAACCUCCAGCAGGAAAUUUCUGAUCUGACUGAACAGAUUGCUGAGUCUGGAAAAGCACAUCAUGGGCUGGAGAAAGCAAAGAAGCAAAUUGAGCAAGAAAAGUGUGACCUACAAGCAGCAUUAGAAGAAGCAGAGGGCUCUUUAGAGCACGAAGAAGGGAAAAUCUUACGUGUUCAGCUAGAGCUGAACCAGGUGAAGUCAGAUGUUGACAGAAGGACUGCAGAGAAAGAUGAGGAAAUUCAACAGCUGAAGAGGAAUCACCAGAGGGUGUUAGAGUCAAUGCAAACCAUGCUGGAUGCCGAGGUCAGAAGCAGAAAUGAUGCUUUGAGGCUGAAAAAGAAGAUGGAAGGAGAUCUGAACGACAUGGAAAUACAGCUGAGCCAUGCCAACUGUCAGGUAGCAGAGACACAGAAGCACCUUAAAGCAGUGCAAGGGCAGCUCAAGGAUUCCCAGCUCCAUUUAGAUGAUGCUUUGAGAGAGAAUGAUGACCUGAAGGAGCAGCUUGCCAUAGUAGAGCGUAGGAACAGCCUGAUGACAACAGAAAUGGAGGAGAUGCGAGCUGCCAUGGAGCAGACGGAGCGCGCCCGCAGGGUCUCUGAGCAGGAGCUGACGGAUGCCAGCGAGAGAGUGCAGCUGCUCCACUCGCAGAACACCAGCCUCCUCAACACCAAGAAGAGACUGGAAGUGGACAUAACCCAUUUACAGACUGAAGUUGAAGACAGCAUUCAGGAAGCCAGAAAUGCAGAGGAGAAGGCAAAGAAAGCAAUCACAGAUGCAGCCAUGAUGGCAGAAGAGCUGAAGAAGGAGCAGGACACCAGUGCCCACCUGGAGAGGAUGAAGAAGAACCUGGAACAGACAGUGAAGGACCUGCAGCACCGUCUGGAUGAGGCUGAGCAGCUGGCCCUGAAGGGAGGGAAGAAACAACUUCAGAAGCUGGAGGCCAGGAUUAAUGAGUUGGAAAAUGAGCUUCAUUCUGAGCAGAAACGAGGAAUAGAAUCCCUGAAAGGAGCCCGCAAGUACGAACGGAGGCUGAAGGAGCUCACUUACCAGUCUGAAGAAGAUAAGAAAAAUAUUCUUCGGCUCCAGGACCUGGUGGACAAGCUGCAGUUAAAAGUGAAAGCGUACAAGAAGCAGGCUGAGGAAGCUGAAGAACAGGCGAACAUCAAUCUCUCGCGAUGCCGCAAGGCCCAGCACGAGCUGGAAGAGGCAAAGGAACGAGCUGAUAUUGCUGAGGGACAGGUUAACAAGCUGCGAGCCAAAAGCCGUGACAUCGAAGGCCAGAAAUCAGAGAAAUGAGGUUCCUGACCCGAGCUGCAGCAGGCUUCCUCCUGAUAAAGACUUCUGUGUAUCCAGCAGAUAUCCAUUGCUUUCUCCGAGUAACCCCGCGUGCAUGUGUGUAGCUGAUAUAUUUAACUACCUUAAAGUGAAGCUGUGAGAAGUUUUAUAUUAUAUAUAUAUAUGUUUAUACAUAUACA